UUGUGUUGAACUUGUAUACCUGCUUUGGCGUGGAUAGCCUAGGCGUUGAUGUCGAACUUGUAUACCUGCUUCGGCGUGGAUAGCCUAGGCGUUCGUGUGGAACUUGUAUACCUGCUUCGGCGUGGAUAGCCUAGCCGUUGGUGUAGAACUUGUAUACCUUCUUUGGCGUGGAUAGCCUAGGCGUUGGUGUAGAACUUGUAUUUUGAACUAGAGGUCCCUGGCUGAAUUAGUACUGCCAUUGGGGAUUUUUUGAAUUUUUGACUUUGUACAGGCUAGUAUAGGAUACCCCCCAGUUUAGGAUUUUGACACUUUGUACUCUUCUUGAUUUAGUAUGCCUCGUCAUACUCGGAGGAAGCUCGCCGAAUCUUCGGUGGUUCGAGAUGCUGAGGAGGAUGCUUCGGACGAUGAAGCGACUGCGGUAAAUGCACCGGAUGGGGGUAUGGUUCCCCGGAGUGCACCUGCCUUUGUUGGUACUGGUUGGAGUUCUUCCGAUCUGGUGUUUCGAUCGGAGUUUCACUUGUCUCAGCGGCCUCGCGCUGGCUUGGUGAGUCUUGUACUAUGCUUUGAAUUUGUAUUUUGUACUUGUAUAAGGUUUGAGCUGAUUCGUUCAUCUGUAGGCCGAUGGAGAGCCGUUUCGCACCUUCUGGUCCUUGACGGAGCUUCAGAAGGCCUUUAAAGCCAUCCGUGCUGACAAGGAGGCUAUGGGAAUCUGGUUGCAGACGGGCCUGGUUGAUUUCUGGCGUGCCAUGGGAGGUACUUCGAGGAGAAUAGGGAUCAAACCCCGGCUAUGGGCUUUGCUGGAGCGGUGGUGGGAUACCACCAACACUUUUCAUAUGGCAUGGGGGGAGAUCACCAUUACCCCUUUUGCGUUUUCCAUGAUUACGGGUCUUCCUUUUUCUGAAAGGAACGUGACCUUUGAUUCGGAGCUGACGUGGCGCUCGGCCGCUGCCAGGGACUUGCUCGGCCCUGUUGUUGACUUGUUAGACGACGACACCCACUCUUCUGUGACGGUGAUUACGGACGCUAUCCGUGGUGUGGGUGUGUCUGCAGAGCAGAGGGUUAGGCUAUUCCUCUUAGCUUUGGUGAGUAGGGUGGUGGCCCCGAGAAGGAACAGUCGGGUGCACAUUAGAUUCUUGUCAGUUUUGCAGGACUUGAGAGCUGUUUCGAGCUACAACUGGGGUGGUUUGGCAUAUAGCCACCUCUUGUACGAGAUGAAGUGGGCCUCCCGGACUGCGCCGGAGAGUGAGCCGAGCAUUGCUGCUCUGUGGAGUGUGCUGGAGAUUUGGAUAUACGAGCACUUUCCGACUUUGGCGCCGGAUCGUACUGGAGAUGCGGCUUACCCGUAUGCUGCCUCUUGGAUAGGAGCGGUGCGCAUGAGGGUGCCUCUGGCUGCCUCCCGCAGAGCUUGGAGAGUUCUACCUGCUGAUGAGGUGGUGUGGCGUCCUUUUGCUAACGCGCCUGUACCUGCCUCGGCUGCUCGUGCCCAUUUCUUGCCUGGACGGCGGGUUUUUCUCCCAGGGGUGUAUCGCCACAUGUGGUAUCUGGGGGAGCGAGUGUCCCUUCAGCACAGUUCGGGGAAUAGGUUUGUCCCCAAGGACCCACCGGAGUCCAUGCUGGCGCCGGAUGAAGAGCUUGCCCGGCUCUAUGUGAAUGCUAGGGGCGAUGUUGUUUGCCGUUCUUGGAGGGACUUUGUACAAAGGAAGGGUAGCUAUGACGACUUCCUGAGGAGGCUGGCUCCACCAGUACGCUUUGUACUGCCGGAGGAGGAGGUUGAUCCUGAGGACAUUCCCUAUGCUGAUAGGGUCAUCCGCUAUGAGAACUCGGACGGGGAAUAGGUGGAGGUGACCAUCCCUGUAGCUUCUCCUCCGCAUCGGAGAUCGCAUGAUGCUGUACCCGAGCAUUAUGCAGCUGUAAAUACUGUUGCAUUUUCUUGAAACUGAUUGUAAUCUUGUAUCUGGGA